AAGGCCCACAACUCCAAACUCCAAACUCCAAAUAACAAUUAAUUUAAUUAAUUCCCCUCCCCAAAAAGAGCGAAAAUAGCUUUUCCACUUCUCUUCUUCUUCUUAUCUUUCCUCUCAAUCUCCUUCGUUGCCUCCGUUAUAGCAAUUUCCCUCCGUUCGAAUUCGAAAUCCAACUGUAAUUCUUCCUCUGCUGGCGUUUCUGAAGAACGAGAAGAAAAAGACGAAGAAAAAGCAGGUGAAAUGGCGACAAUGGAGAGCUUGAUUGUGACGGUGAAUAGGAUACAGAGAGCUUGUACGGUGCUCGGUGACCACGGUGGCGACAGUGCUUUGCCUACUCUUUGGGAAGCUCUUCCGUCUGUCGUCGUCGUCGGAGGCCAGAGUUCGGGAAAGUCAUCGGUGUUGGAGAGCAUUGUAGGACGCGACUUCCUUCCCAGGGGAUCAGGAAUUGUGACGAGGAGACCUCUAGUGUUGCAGCUACACAAGACGGAACAAGGGGUACAAGAAUAUGGAGAGUUCCUUCACUUGCCCAAGAAAAAAUUCACAGACUUCGCCAUGGUUCGGAAGGAAAUCCAAGAUGAAACUGAUCGAGUGACUGGGAAAUCAAAACAAAUUUCUCCUGUACCCAUUCAUCUCAGUAUCUACUCACCAAAUGUUGUCAACUUAACACUAAUAGAUUUGCCUGGUUUAACAAAGGUUGCUGUAGAGGGACAGCCAGAGAGUAUUGUUAAAGACAUAGAAAGCAUGGUUCGCUCAUAUGUUGAGAAGCCAAACUGCAUCAUUCUGGCCAUAACUCCAGCUAAUCAAGAUAUAGCGACAUCUGAUGCUAUGAAGUUGUCUAGAGAAGUUGAUCCAACAGGUGAAAGGACAUUUGGUGUAUUAACGAAGCUUGACUUGAUGGACAAGGGAACAAAUGCUGUAGAUGUUCUUGAGGGAAGAGCUUAUCCACUUCAACACCCUUGGGUUGGAAUUGUGAACCGUUCACAAGCUGACAUUAACAAAAAUGUCGACAUGAUUGCUGCUAGGCGGAGGGAGCGUGAAUUCUUUGCCACUAGUCCUGAUUAUGGACAUUUAGCCAGCAAAAUGGGCUCAGAAUAUCUUGCAAAGCUUCUCUCAAAGCAUUUGGAGUCUGUAAUUAGAGCCCGCCUCCCUGGCAUUACUUCUUUAAUUAACAAAAGCAUUGACGAACUUGAAGCAGAGUUGUCCCAUCUUGGUAGACCUGUUGCUGUUGAUGCUGGGGCCCAGUUAUACACUAUUCUAGAGUUAUGUCGAGCAUUUGAUCGGAUAUUCAAGGAGCAUUUGGAUGGAGGGCGGCCAGGUGGAGACCGCAUUUAUGGAGUUUUUGACCACCAGCUGCCUGCUGCUUUAAGGAAGCUUCCAUUUGACCGUCAUUUGUCACUGCAAAACAUAAGGAAAGUAGUUUCAGAGGCAGAUGGGUACCAACCUCAUUUAAUCGCUCCUGAGCAAGGUUAUCGACGCCUCAUUGAUGGUGCACUUAAUUACUUCAGAGGCCCAGCUGAAGCUUCUGUAGAUGCUGUUCACUUUCUUUUAAAAGAGCUUGUAAGAAGGUCAAUCGCAGAAACUCAGGAGUUGAAGCGCUUUCCAACUCUCCAAGCUGAAAUAGCGGGGGCUGCGAAUGAAGCAUUGGAGAGGUUUCGUGAAGACAGUAAGAAGACAACUUUGCGAUUAGUGGACAUGGAGUCCUCAUAUUUGACAGUGGAUUUCUUUCGGAAACUCCCACAAGAAGUGGAGAAAAGUGGAAACCCAACUUCCUUAUCUGCAGAUAGAUACGCAGAAGGCCACUUUCGCAGAAUAGGAUCAAAUGUUUCUUCUUAUGUGGGGAUGGUGUCUGAUACGCUUAGAAAUACCAUUCCCAAGGCUGUGGUUUAUUGCCAAGUGAGGGAGGCCAAGCAGUCAUUACUUGAUCACUUCUAUACACAAGUGGGCAAAAAGGAGGGCAAGCAGCUAGCACAAUUGUUGGAUGAAGAUCCUGCAUUGAUGGAAAGGAGGCAGCAAUGUGCCAAGAGGCUUGAGUUAUACAAAUCUGCAAGGGAUGAGAUCGAUUCAGUCUCAUGGGCCAGGUGAAACUAGCUCUGAGUGCCUGCAAAGAGAUCCUCUGCAUCAUAGCUAAAGAAUGAGGGAGGUGCUGGAGAAGGUUUAAGUUGUUGAUUGUUCAGCUUUCAUUUGUUGCAUUUUCUUGUGCAGCUUCUGUUUUCUACCCGUCAAACCUAAAGUUUUUCUGCAACAUUGAUCUAUGCUUGGUUAUUGUGUUCUUCAAUCAGAGUCUUUGUUGUAAUCCUUUUGUAGAAGCGUGCAGCGAAUAGCUUUUCCAAUCCAUGUCUAUGGCAUAUAUCUCUAUUGAGAAUCUGAAUAUUUCUAAUCCUAUUUUACUUUCCUUUAA